UUCCUGACUGAGCGUUUGCAACGAGGAAGAGUCUCGCAGGGAGGGGCGAAGUUUCUUUAACUUGUCAACGGCACACUUUCAUCCACGACACUGCCGUUUUCAUGGUGACCGGCUGACUUCCAGCACUUUCCUCACUGGUACCGUCAUCUUCUCUGAUGUCUGAGCGUGAGGCCGACUUGGUUCUGCGUGCUUUGCUGGAUUCCUGCACGUGCUGCUUGCACAAUAAACUUCAUUACUUCAUUCUUCCGUGUGUCUCCACUGACCCGACAUGGAAAGUGUGGAUUCAGACAAGAUCCAGGUUGGAGAAAACAAAUUUGUCAGCAAGAGUGUUAUUCUCUCACAUCUCAAAACAUAUAACGUGUAUUUUGAAGGAGAUGCCCUUCAGUUGAGACACAGAGAGGAGGAAGGAGAGCUGGUCAUAGAGGGUUUGCUCAAUGUUUUUUGGGGUGUGCGUCGACCAAUCAGAUUGCAGAUGCAGGACGAGAAGGAGACUGGCAGGCCACGCCCCUUAGUGACACCACUGGACAUCAAUACAAUAAAAAGUAACGAAACACAUCAGCCGCCAGUUUCCAUUGAGGUCACCGCAGCAGAAGAGCGGUCGAGAGACUCCAGUGAAGAGAAGCAGGAGGCAGGAGAAGGACAUCAUGAGUCGACUCUUUCUGAUCGGCUCAACAGAACCAGAAGUGAUGUCAGUGGCAGGAAAAUCGGCGGACGACGACUCGGAAUCAGGAGAGUCCAAAGACACCGGUGCUCCUUCAACGGACACUUUUAUAACCACAAGACGGCGGUUUUUACUCCAGCGGUCGGCUCUGUGACGAAUGUGCGCGUCAACAGCUGUAUGACGACAUCACAGGUGAUGCGGGUGUUACUGAACAAGUUCAAGAUCGAGAACAGUCCGGAUGAAUUUAGCCUGUAUCUCGUCCACACAAGCGGAGAGAGGCAUCAGCUGAAGCCCAAUGAUCAUCCUUUGCUGGUUAGAGUUUUGCAAGGCCCUUGUGAACAGGUCAGCAAAAUGUUUCUUAUGGAGAUGGACCAGGUGGAGGAGGUCACAUAUGAUGUGGCACAAUACAUCAAGUUUGAGCUUCCUGUUUUACAAAGCUUCAUCGCUAAGCUUCAAGAGGAAGAGGAAAGAGAGAUGCAGAAACUGAAGACGAGGUAUGCUGAAAUGCAGCGCAUCAUCAAGAGAUACAUGCAGACUUCAAAGUCUAAAAACACCUGAUGAAGUUGCUUGUAUCCUUCAACACCAUCUUUAAAAUAUUAGUAAAUGAAGAACAGUGCUUUCUCAGGAACAUGAACGUAUUUAACCUAUUACAUUUUAUUUAUAUAAUAAUUAUUGCCUUCUAAAGCUAUGAUGGCUUCUAUAAGUUUGUCUUGAUAUGGAAUGUAAAAUGUGUCAUGCAAACUUUCACUCAUGCACAAUUGAAUGAUUAUUUUUCCAGUUAUUAAAUAUUGAUUUAACGUUAAAUUCAAAUUGUGAAUAAAUAUACAAUGUGAAAUUAAGAAUUAAUAAUUUAUAAGUCAAAUGUAUUUUAUUGCUGAUCAUUUGUAUUAAUGUUUAUAGGUAUCAUAAAUAUUUAAUAUACUUGUUUUCUUGAAUAUUUUCUAAUGUAUAUGCACAGAUCUUUGCUCUUGAUAAUAAAAACAUUGUAAACUACA